AUGGUGCUCAACGGCGCGCUGUUCUUGCUCGUCUGCGUGGCUGCUCGAGCUGCUGCGUCUGGCGGAGACGGCCCGCUGCUGAAUGGGAACUUCGAGUACUUGCCGAACAGGCACCAGUUGAACGGCAUGAGGGUGAUGGAACCGCAGACGAUCCCGUACUGGAGGGCCACCGGGCACGUGGAGUACGUCGAGUCCGGGGCCAAGCAGGGCGACAUGGUGUUGACGGUGCCGGAGGGGAAGCACGCGGUGCGGCUGGGUACCGAGGCCACCAUCCAGCUGCAGCUCAGCGUGACGCGGGGCAAGUACUACUCCGUCACCUUCAGCGCCGCGCGCACCUGCGCCCAGGACGAGAAGCUGAACGUGUCCAUCGUCCCCGGCGACCAGCCCGGCGAGCUCCCGAUCCAGACGGUGUACACCAGCAGCGGCUGGGACUCCUACUCCUGGGCGUUCCAGGCCACGCGAGGCCUCGUGCAGUUCGUCCUCCACCAUGGGGACGACGGGGUGGACGACCCCGCCUGUGGCCCCAUCGUCGACAAUUUUGCCAUCAGAAUGCUCAACCCUCCUCAAGCCACCCAUGAUAACAUGCUGGUGAACGGGGACUUCGAGGAGGGGCCAUACAUCACCCCCGGCUCGCCGUGGGGCGUUCUUAUGCCGCCGCUGCUCCAGGACCACGUGUCCCCGCUGCCGGGGUGGAGGAUCAUGGCGUCCUCCAAAGUCGUCAAGUACAUCGACUCGGCGCACUUCGCGGUGCCGCACGGCUCCCGCGCCGUGGAGCUGGUGGCCGGCCUGGAGGUCGCGCUGCUCCAGGAGGUACACACCGUGCCCGGGAGCUCCUGCAGGCUGGAGUUCUCCGUCGGAGACGCCGCCAACGGGUGCGCGGCGUCGCCCAUGCGCCUGCAGGUGGCCACAGCGGGCGCGAGCAAGACCGUAGAUUACAACUCCAACGGCACGGGCGGGUGCAACCGCGAAGCGCUCGACUUCACGGCCCAAGCGAACACCACCAUGGUGGUGUUCUACAGUAUGGGCUAUCACAUGACGUCCGACGGCAGCGGCACGCUCUGCGGGCCCGUCAUCGACGACGUCUCGCUCGUCUGCGUACCGCAGCACCAUGCUCGCCGGUUGCUUCGCUAA